AUGCAUCUCUUCCGAAGGGGCGCGUCAUCGCUCUUCAACUCCUCGAAUACUUCGCUCGUAUCCUCCAAAACCGACGCCACAACUGACGCUGUUGGUGAUAACGCACUAGCUGAGAACGGAUUCCAAAGCAUAUCCGACCAUGACAAGCUGUUCACAAAGGUCGAUCCGGCCAUUGACGGCGAGGAGUGUCUCCACGAAUGUACAACAUGUACAGUGAAGUACCCCGCCAAAUUUGAAGUCGACCAGGAAGACAAGCUAUACGGCGAGGUGAACGGGUGGGCUACCCACCUACUCGUCGCAACUGGGAAAUCCGACUGGGUGCGCGACAUUGCGGACGAAACGGGGAGUGUGAUGGAGGCAAUUGAGAAGGGAGGAGUAGAGCCGAACAACGGGAGACUCAAGCUAUCAGCAUCCAAUAUGCCAGUCCCAGACGAAUAUCACACUCACGAAGCCGGAAAGCAGCCCACGAAUGUUUUGCUUCUGCCCAGCUUCACCGUUGUCGAGGGUGUAACUCCACAGCUCGUGCCGGACCUGAUCGAGAACUUUGUGAACCGGUCAUUGACGACAACAACACCACUAGGCGCAGCUCCAAAACUUCUAGACCAAAAUGAUCAGACUAGCUCAGAAGAGCAACAGGAGUCAACCUCCACAUCCAUCCCUACCCAGCUCACCUCACACUCUUGCUCGCACGCAGCAGUUAUUCUGCUCUGCUCUCAGCGUACCCGAGACGCGCGCUGCGGACAAUCCGCACCUUUACUACGCCGCGAAUUUGAGCGCCACUUACGCCCACUCGGUUUAUACCGUGAUAUGGACGACCGUCGGCCUGGCGGGGUAGGGAUCUACUUUAUCAGCCAUGUUGGCGGCCACAAAUACUCAGCUAAUGUGAUUGUGUAUCGACGUCAAGAUUUCGAGUGGUACAAGAAGGAGAGCGAAGGGAGUGAUGGCGAGGGUGCAGCGCAGGGUAUAUGGCUGGCACGUGUGCGGCCAGAGGAGUGUGAAAAUAUCAUUCGAUAUACGGUUUUACAAGGCAAGGUCUUGAAACCUGGGCAGCAAUUGCGAGGAGGAUUUGAUCGCGCACGUGGACUGACAAGUUGGUGA